AUGCCGCAGCCGAUGCUCUGUCACGCAUUGCGGUAUCUUCCGUCACCACAGACGACACCCAAGCCACAUGAAGCCCAAACACAUGACCAAGAGCUGGCCCCCUUACGCACCUCGUCUAGCCUGACCUUGCAAGAUGUCAUCCUUCCCAACACCAACAUCUCCCUCACGUGCGACCUCUCUACCGGUGCACCACGUCCCUUCGUUCGAGAGCCUUUUCGCUUCACUGUCUUCAGGACACUCCACUGCCUUUCCCACCCCGGCAUCCGCGCCACCCAGCGCCUCGUCACAGCGCGCUACGUCUGGCCCCACAUCAAUUCAGACAUCCGCAAGUGGACACGUUCCUGCCUGCAGUGCCAGAAGGCGAAAUUACCAGAGCGUUGCACCCGUUGGCCAGAAGCCCAACCCAUCCCAGAUAUUGACGGCAGAUUCCGUCGCCCGCGCUUUCAUGGCAACAUGGGUCGCCCGUUUCGGCGUCCCAGCGUCAUCACCACUGACAUGGGCCGGCAAUUCGAAUCCAAGCUUUUCCAAGACCUUCUCCACUUCCUGGGCUACCGCAGCUGCACCACAGCCUACCACCCCUGCAGCAACGGUCUCGUCGAACGCCUACACGGACAGAUCAAGACCGCGCUUCGUUGCUGCCCUGACCCCUCGUCUUGGGUUGAUAAUAUCCCUAUCAUUCUACUCGGCCUCCGCUCAGCCGUCAAGAAGGACCUGGAAUGCUCUCCUGCCGAAUUAGUCUACGGCGCCUCCCUCCACGUCCCCGGCGAAUUCUUGGGUCCCCCAUCUCUCGGUUCAGCACCUCUCCCUGCUGCCUCUCUUGACGGGAUCCGAGAUGCGAUUCGUGCUGUUCAGCCGACACCAACACGACUCCCCGCAUCCAUCAGCCCAUUUGUCUUCAAGGACAUUCACACGUCUACUCAUGUUUUCAUUCGAAAUGACGCUACCCGCGCCCCCCUUCAGCCACCUUACCAAGGCCCGUUCAGGGUACUUCAGCGGACAGACCGUCACUUCACCGUGGACAUCGAUGGCCGUCACGACACCGUCUCGAUUGAGCGCCUCAAACUGGCCUUCCUCGACGCAUCGCACAUCCCACUACCUCGCGUUUCCACCGCCGCUGCAGGACCUCUCGUUGUCUCACCUCCUGUCCGCACUGUCCACUGGCAUACUCCGCUCCUCCACGGCUCAUGA